UCCAACGAGGUUCUACGCCGCAGGAAGUCGUCUACUGUAGUAUUCGUACUUCACAUCCAGAAACUCGAUCAUCGAUGGCGGUUGACUCGACGGAGAACUCGGUGGCCAUCGUGGCGGUGCCGUUCCCGGCGCAGGGCCACCUGAACCAGCUGAUGCACCUGUCUCUGCUGCUCGCGUCGCGGGGGCUCCCGGUGCACUACGCGGCGCCCGCGGCGCACGUCCGGCAGGCGCGGUCGCGCGUGCACGGCUGGGACCCGAAGUCCCUCGUCUCCAUCCACUUCCACGACCUCGACGUCCCGGCCUUCGAGUCCCCGGCGCCCGACCCGGCCGCGCCGUCUCCCUUCCCCAACCACCUCAUGCCGCUCUGGGAGACAUUCACGACCGCCGCGCGCGCCCCGCUCGCGGCUCUCCUGGAGACGCUCUCGGCCACCCACCGCCGCGUGGUCGUCGUCUACGACCGGCUGAACAGCUUCGCGGCCGUCGAGGCGGCGCGGGUGGGCAAGGGCAACGCCGAGGCGUUCGCGCUGCAGUGCGUCGCCAUCUCGUACAACAUCGGGUGGCUGGACCCCGGGCACCAGCUCCUGCGCGACCACGGCCUCGAGUUCCUCCCCAUCGAUGUUUGCAUGUCCAAGGAGUUCGUGGAGUUCGUGUUCCGGACGGAGAAGGAGAUGCAGGAGGAGGGUGGCGCCGGCGCGGCCCCCGCAGGCAUGGUGAUGAACACGAGCCGCGCGAUUGAGGGCGAGUUCAUCGACACGAUCGCCGCGCACCCGGUGUUCGAAAACCAGAAGCUCUUCGCGGUCGGCCCACUGAAUCCGCUGCUGGACGCCAGCGCCCGGACGCCCGGGAAGGCGCGGCACGAGUGCAUGGACUGGCUCGACGAGCAGCCGGCGGCGUCGGUGCUCUAUGUGUCCUUCGGGACGACGUCGUCUUUCCUGGGGGAGCAGAUCGCGGAGCUUGCCGCGGCGCUGAAGGGAAGCAAGCAGCGGUUCAUCUGGGUGCUGCGCGAGGCCGACCGGGCCGACAUAUUCGCGGACUCCGGCGAGAGCCGGAACCACGACAAGAUGCUGGCCGAGUUCACCAAGGAAACAGAGGGGACGGGGCUGGUGAUCACCGGGUGGGCGCCGCAGCUGGAGAUCCUGGCGCACGGCGCCACGGCGGCGUUCAUGAGCCACUGCGGCUGGAACUCGACCAUGGAGAGCCUGAGCCACGGCAAGCCGAUCCUCGCCUGGCCGAUGCACUCGGACCAGCCGUGGGACGCGGAGCUUCUCUGCAAGUACCACAAGGCCGGCCUCCUCGUGAGGCCAUGGGAGAAGCACAAUGAGGUGGUGCCGGCAGAGGAUAUCCAGAAGGUGAUCGAGGAAGCGAUGCUCUCUGACAAUGGGAUGGCCGUGCGGCAGCGGGCCAAGGUGCUUGGUGAGGCCGUCCGCGCCUCCGUGGCAGAUGGCGGCACCUCGAGCCAAGGCCUGGACGACUUUGUUGCUCACAUCUCUAGGUGAUUGGCUUGUUGCUAAAAUCUUCAAUGUCUUGGCUGUUUCAUCAGAUGAAUUCGAUUUCCUUUCGUGAAAAUUCAUUUCGAAUUAUAAAAUUGUGGCAAGCAUUUGAGUACUUCAUGAUAUGUAUGUUCGAGUUAUUAUUUAUGA